GAAAGACAGCCAAUCGCUUCGCUCCUUUAACUGCCAGUCACCGAAAUCUGUCCAAUACCCGCAGUGCCAUUUCUAAACUGUAUUCCCCACUGUGUCCUCCAACUGUUGUAGUUUCUGCCAAUCGCUUGAGGACAGAGUGGGAAAAGGAGCAAGCAGAGUUAGAGGCAGGACAAAAGAAGUUAUAUAGAUGGUUAUAUGCAUAUAUUUUAAUGUUUUAGAAGGCGUGUAGUGGGGGGGGGGUAAACAAAACAAAAACAAAAGUAGCGAAUGUGGACAUGACGGUGUAGAUAUGGAGCCCUCUUUGAGCAAGAGGAAUUCGGCGAUAAGAUUAGCGGAUUUGGCAGCGACUCAACCCCUUCCUCAUCAGAAUAUGACAGGCUUCCCGGGGAUAGGGGGGCAUCACCCUCACUCCCACCAUGCCCACCUCCACCCUGGGGAGAUGGGCAACGACCCUGGAGUGGCUCUCACUCCAUUUGGACCCGAGCACAUGGCACAGACAAAUGCUCUCAAACUUAGUCCAUCGCAGCACAUUCAAAGCCAUCCCGAAGCCCAGACCGCGGCAUCCUUCCCGUCUUCUCAGACCACAGUUGGUUUCCCCGUGGCUCACCCCCACUCAGGCUACGCAAGCAGCAGGGACUUCAUCCUCAGGAGAGAGCUCUCAGCCUCUGCUAUGCAUGCACUUGGCGACCAGCAUAGUUCCGCCUCCUCCCCUCAUCACCAUGGCAUGUUCAUUUCCCCAACAGGUGCUUACGGGCACACGGAAGGUGGUGCCCAUCCACUUUUCACGGGACUUCACGAGCAGACAGCCCCAGGUGCCCACCACCAUGCUCUCAACGGACAGAUGCGCCUGGGUCUUCCAGGGGACAUCUACGGCCGGCCAGAACACUUCGGCCACAGGCCUGAACACUAUGGACCUUCCCUUCACGGCUACAAUUCCAUGAACCUAAAUGUGAACCUCGCUUCAGCCCCUCAUGGAGCCACGGGGGCGUUUUUGAGGUACAUGAGGCAGCCCAUCAAACAAGAGCUGAUCUGCAAAUGGAUUGACCAGGAACAAACGUCUAAGAAGCCGUGCUCGAAAACUUUCAGCACCAUGCACGAGCUGGUAAACCACGUCACGGUGGAGCACGUCGGCGGACCCGAGCAGAGCAACCACGUCUGCUUCUGGGAGGAAUGUCCGCGCGAGGGCAAGGCGUUUAAGGCAAAGUACAAACUGAUCAACCAUAUCCGAGUUCACACGGGAGAGAAACCGUUUCCUUGCCCUUUUCCUGGUUGUGGAAAAGUGUUUGCUCGCUCGGAAAACCUAAAGAUUCACAAGAGGACUCACACAGGUGAGAAGCCUUUCAAAUGCGAGUUUGACGGCUGCGACCGAAAAUUCGCCAACAGCAGUGACAGGAAGAAGCAUUCACACGUGCACACCAGCGACAAGCCCUACUACUGCAAAGUGCGCGGCUGUGACAAGUCCUACACGCACCCGAGCUCACUGCGGAAACACAUGAAGGUGCACUGCAAGUCUCCUCCGCCCCCUUCCUCCAGCUCGGCCGCCACGUAUCAUUCCUCCUCCGCGGCGCUCGGUGACGCGCUCGCGCCCUCCACAGAACCACUGCGGAGUCGCGCGGCCAACCUUUCCCCACAGGUCACCAACCUCAACGAGUGGUACGUAUGCCAGGGCAGUGCUGUCCCUAACAAUCUCCACACCCCCUCCAGCGAUGUCCCAACCUCCGAAUCUGACGACGAGGACUCUUUUAGACAUUCAGACCCAAGGACGAUGCUCUGAUAUGAAGCACAAGGGAUAUAUUUAUGUUGCAUCCCUCCCACACACUGUUUUUAUACAUCUGUAACAUCAUGUGUUUGACGCGCGGUAGGCUACUCAGAAGUGUUGGUGGAAAGAAACACGCAACAGCGCCGCGGAUGUCAGAUGGUGAAGAGCAUGUGCCAUCAGUCCAUACCCUACCCUACCCUACCCUAACUUAAUCUACCCUACCCUACCCUUUGCCCUUAACUUGCGCAUUCAUGUACCACAAGACCCUAUUCCAUACUGAUCAACGCAUUAAUAACUUCGAGUAAAUGUGCUUGACAGUCGUUUUUAACUUAAUUAUUUUAUUUAAUAACAUACAAGGGGUGCAUCUCAUCAUUAAACCCGGGAUAAUUUCACACCCUUUGCUUUCAAUUUCGGACCAAGAUUUUUCCUGCAUUGCCGAAAGGACUGUGGGCUUAGCUGAUUAAGUCAUAUCCAGCCUACUAAGUGACACCGACAUUGUUCAAAUGAAACAAUAACCGGUGAUUGAUGUGUUUGUAUCACUGACUGGACAGUUUUCUAUAGCUUAUGUUUCUCCCCAGAGGUCUUUUAUAAUGACAGAUUGAUGAAUUUCUGUGGGGCAAUUGUCCUUUUCCAAGUGUUUCUAUAAUGUAAACAUUCCCGAUGUUUUUGCAAUGAGAAACAUGUUCAAACAGGCAUGUCUAUCACUUCUAUUAUAUCAGUACACUCUUAGAAAUAAUUUUUUAAAAAAGGGCACUGAAGUGUACCUUUCUUUGUCGCUGGGGUAG